AUCUACCACCAAAGCUUCAACGAGUUUAACCAAGUCCUUCUCUCUGUUCUUGAUCUUGAAGAGAAAAUGGCUAGCGACGAAGUGAAGGUGAUCGGCGCAUGGGCGAGUCCUUUUGUGAUGAGGCCGAGGAUUGCUCUAAACCUCAAGUCGGUUCCCUACGAGUUCCUCCAGGAGUCGUUUGGAGCAAAGAGCGAGUUGCUUCUUAAAUCAAACCCGGUUCACAAGAAGAUUCCCGUCCUGAUUCAUGCUGACAAACCGGUUUGUGAGUCUAACAUCAUCGUUGAGUAUGUUGAUGAGACUUGGAGCGCAUCUGGACCGUCCAUGCUACCUUCCACUCCUUAUGAUCGAGCCAUCGCUCGGUUCUGGGCGGCCUACAUUGAUGAAAAGUGGUUUCCCUCUCUAAAAAGUAUCCUAAAAGCUGAGGGAGAAGAAGAGAAGAAGGCUGUGUUAGCUCAAGUGGAAGAAGGGAACGCGCUUCUCGAGAAGGCCUUCAACGAUUGCAGCAAAGGAAAACCAUUCUUCAAUGGUGAUCACAUCGGUUACCUCGACAUUGCGUUUGGGUGCUUCUUGGCUUGGUUGAGAGUCACCGAGUUGGCAGGUGGUCAUAAACUUAUUGAUGAGGUCAAGACUCCUUCUCUGUCCAAAUGGGCUGAGAGGUUCUGUAACGAUCCUGCUGUGAAACCUGUCAUGCCCGAGACUGCAACGCUUGCUGAAUUCGCCAAGAAGAUCUUUGCCAAGCCGCCGGCCUAAGCUGAUGGCUGUGGUAGUUGUGGAACUGUGGGUUGAUGAGUUCUUGAAAGAAUAAAAUGAGAGUGAUGGUACUUAUUUAUUUAUGUUUUAAUUUUACUUUGGUAUGUUGUUAAGUGUAUUUUGAAGGUUAAGUUUGUAUCAGGCUUGCUGAAUGAAGCACUUUUAUUUAUGUUGAUCGAGAAGUAAGAAAA